AUGCUCGUUAUAUUUUCUUAUGUGGUUCUCACACAAAUGGCCCUAGGAAACAUAGAUGAGUUUGAUUGUGUUGAUAUAUACAAACAACCCGCUUUUCAACAUCCAUUGUUGAAACACCACAAGAUUCCGGAAAAAUUCACUUCAGAUGAAAGGUUUAAUAACAGAAAAAUUAAAUAUGAAACAAAUGAUCAAAGUUGUCCAAAAGGAACCGUGGCAAUUUUAAGACAAAGAAGUGAAACUGAGAGCCUUCAUCUCAACACAGUCGAUGAACCCGACGAACAUUUUGCGGUAAUGGACGCAUUUCCGGAUGAGAGUGAGAGCAUCUAUCGAGGCGCACAAGCUGCUAUAAGUAUUCAUAACCUAACUUUACAAGAUAGCCAAUAUAGUAGAAGUCAAAUUUGGUUAGAGAAUGGACCUCUUGGCGAACUCAACAGCAUACAAGUUGGCUGGGCGGUGAAUCCAAGAGUCUAUGGAGACAGUGCUACACGAUUGACUAUAUCUUGGACCGGAGAUGGCUAUAAAACUACUGGAUGCUAUAAUACAAACUGUCCUGGUUUUAUUAUUGUGACUCGAAAACCCUCGAUCGGAAGCAUUUUUAAACAAUCCUCUGUGUAUGGUGACAACCCAGUAACUUUCACACCAGAAGUUAUUCAGGGGCUUUCUGGCUGGGUACUGUUUGUAAACGACGAAACAAUUGGAUAUUGGCCCACCGAGCCAUUAACACACUUGAACAAAGGAGCUUCUCGGGUGCGUUUUGGAGGAAGCACAUAUAUAUCUCCAGAUGAGAUUAGUCCUCCAAUGGGAAAUGGUCAUGUUCCGAUCUGGGACUAUCGAAGGAGUUCAAGUUUUUUUCAUGUGAAACUUAUGAAUAAUAACUAUCAGAGCAUCGAAAAUGAAACAACAAUAGGUGUUGAAGAUUCUAAGUGUUUUAAACUAAUGGAUCGGGAAUACACCAAUGAGACUGGAAAGUCCUUUUCUUUUGGAGGGCCAGGUGGAACAUGCGGUGUUUGA